AUGGUUUGUUCGUCUUCCAAACCGCUUUCUUCUCCGCCCACCAACUUCCUGACACCGUCAUCCCUGUCUACCCUGACACACAGCCAUCAAUUCGCUGCCUCAUCUCACACAGUCAUUCCAGCACUUCCCAACAGACGCAAGAUGACUCGAAACGUCCUGGCAGCGAUGACUGCGCUCUACCACCGGCUGACUACUCCGGCAUCAGCUAUGACGACACCAACCAGCAGCAAGCCUACGAUGUCUACGAGGUUGCCUGAACGUGUCCUCGAGCCUACUACGUUGGAGGAGCUGCCGACAGAGAUCAUCGGUCUGAUCUUGUACUUCUGUGGCGAUGUAGAAGUAGCCUGUCUAGGCUUGACUUCACGCUACAUUCACGCCGUCGCGUCGCACUUCGGCCUGCCGCGUGGCCUCAAUAUCGAAGCAUCUGAAGCGCUAUGCCAGCUGCUAGAGCCCCUUGCGCCUGGAUACAGCUAUUGCAGAAACCAGGGAAAGCUGAUCGCCUUCUCUGCCCGAAGCCUCACUGAUCGAAUGCUCGCUUACCACGACUGCGCCCCGCAAGCAGGCCGCACUGAAAUCCCACCUGCAAUAUUUGCAGCCAGCGACUGCUUCAAGCUGCCGUGGUGCACGGCCCGACUCAUCACCAACCGCCAUUUCCAUGGUCCCUCACACGGCCUCCCAGUGUCAGCAAUAUCGCAUGCCCAUGGAACUGGCAUUGGCUAUUAUACCCACUUUCACCAGGCCUGGGACGCGAGAGUGACCUGGGUCGGCGAGCUGAUGCUGCGCUGUACUCGGACAUGGUGCAGCAGAAAAGGUGCUCUGUCUAUCACAAUGGGCCGGGAUUUGCAUCUGAUCGCCGUGUGUCUCCAUAUAAAGACGGACUACCGCAAAGACCAUCUCGGAUGUCGUCGCUACGACAUUGGAAGCCGCAAGUACUAUUCACACAGGAUCUGCGCCAAGUGCGGGACUGAGUGUGACAUCCGCAUCGGCCCGGCCACAGGUAAUGUCGCAGUCGAGGGCCGCUUUCCGAAUGAAACGGAACCGCUCUGGACGGUGACGGUAACCACUUACUACAAUCUCGGCACUUGUCGGUCUGCAGAUGCUUACAAGUGGGCGGUCUUCUCAAAAGGACUCAACCUGAAGCAUGAAGCUAGAUAUAGAACCCUCAAAGCUCAGUGGGACAUUUCGCCGGCCUAG